AUGUUUGGUAGGCUGAAAUGCAAUCGUCAGUAUCCUUGCGACAACUGUAUCAAGCGCAACCAGGGCCCGGUCUGUCAUUAUGAUACGGAACGUGUGAACUUGUCCAAUUCCACCAAAGAUCUCCAUGAUCGACUGAAGUUUUUAGAAGAGAAGGUUCAACGGCUGGAACGACAAUCAACGCCUGACGCCGAUUCUGGUGGGAGAAGCUCCAUCCGCGAUGUCCGGGAGCGAUCCUCCCAUGUGCCUGGGGUCAUAUUUUCGGGCCACGGUGGUACGCAAUAUGUUAACUCUGGUCAUUGGAGGGCGAUUUUGAGUGAGAUUGAGGGAAUUGGAAAGAACGGUGGUCAUGCGGCAGUCGCAGACCCUAUCGAUGUUGUGGAACGAAGCAAUAGAGGCCCAGAGUUACUGUUGGGUAUGUCUGCUUCCACAGACAUCAAGAUAUUGCUCAAUGCUACGCCACCGCGGAAUACAGCGGACGCGCUGGUAGCGCAAUACUUCAAGUCGGGUGAAACUUCAUUGAUAUUCAUUCACACACCAAAUUUUUACAAGGAGUACGAGGAAUUCUGGGCGGAUCCGCUGAACGUUUCCAUUCCUUGGCUCGCCAUUUUCUGUAACUACACCAUCCCCGGUCGAUACAAGCCUGAGGCUUUGGUGAUGUACCUGGACAAUGAGUAUCUUCAGAACCCGACCGCAAAAUCAGGCAAUUCCAUUCUUGUCGCGUGUGCAGUACGCUUAGCAGUCCUAAUGGGGUACCACCGCGACUCUCGACACUACCCUCACAUCUCUGUGUUCGAAGGGGAAAUGCGCCGUCGCUUAUGGCUGUUCCUCCGAGUCACGGACUCGGUCUUAUCACGGCAAUAUGGACUUCCAACCGUGAUUCAGAAAGGGCAUGGGGAUACAGCACUACCCCUUAACCUACUCGAUCAAGAUUUUGGGCCCAAUACUCGAGUGUUGCCCCCUCCGGGUCCUGAAACAGAAAGUACCCCAAUUGCGAAGACUCUUUCGAUCGAACGGAUCGUGACGGUGGCUGGAGAGAUUCUCCAAGCAACGUCCUCCAUGGAACCUCUUUCCUACGAUAAGACAAUAGAGUUGAACGCUAAGAUCGACGAAGUGAGGAGCCGCCUUUCCCCAGCUUUCCAAAUGCAGCCCCCUUCUUUAUCGACAUCUGGCAUCAACACCGAGGACGUGCGAGAGAAACCCGAUAUGACCAGUUUCGGUGGGCUUGCCUCGACGCUGCACGGCAAAUCCUAG